AAAUUUUAUAACAAGAUAUUCUAAGUUAAAAGCGGGGCAUAACUCUGUCAAAAUUCAAAUCAGAGUUAUGAGGAUUGUUUCUCCUGGUGUAGACUUUAAUAGUAAAAGUAAAUAACUAUUUUAAGGUUCAAGUCAAAAGCUUUGAUAGUGAUGUGCUGUUCCCCACCUACUUUAUGCAAUGCUCUUUCAAUCAAAAAUAAUACUUCUCGGAAAAUAUGUAGUAACCAUUAUUGGUAAUAACAUUAAGAAAUGUACCUUAUUAAGUAAUAUCCAUAAUUACUAUUUCAAUCAUUUAUGUAUUAUCUUGUAUUAAUUGUAUAAAGUUGCUCCUGCAACAACGUUGUGAAUGUCCGCCAUUUUGUUUCCCAGAAUUCUAGAGGGCGACCCAGUUUUUACGGGAAAACCUGAUUCUAGAUGACAUCACAAUGUAAACAAAAACAUUCAUAUAAAUAGGCCGAAUUUUAAAUGGCCAUCAGUUGGAGACUGGAUAUUGAUCUGAAUGGUAAAGAUAGAAUAAGAUAAAGAUAAAGAUAAAUAUAAAGAUAAAGAAGAUAUAUUGAGCAUGAAUACUCAUAAGAUACAGUUUCAAUGCGGCGUGUGCGAAGAUCUGUACUUCCCCGCCAGAAAGCCUUGUAUGGCCCAUCUGAAAGAGCAGCAUUCUGGAAUUAGUUUUAAAUGCACAUUAUGUAAGAAGAUAUUUAGGAGAAAUGAUAACCCGCAUCAAUGCAGAGCGAAGAAAACUGAUUUUUAUAUGUUUAAUCAAAUGACUGGUGAUAAGGGCAACAGAGCAGAGAGAGAGUUGGAGAAAUUUUUAGAACGGGCAGAAAAGAAGUGGUGUAUAAAUUUGAAUGAGAAGAUAACAGCAAGGAAGGGAACAAGACCAAUACUACCAGAGAGGAGAAAAGAAAGAACUAGGACUUUGAGUGAAAGUAGUAGCAGCAGCAGUGAUAGUAGUGACAGUGAAGAAAGUAGUGAGGAAGAAAUGGAGUUAGAGAAAGAGUUAGAGUUAAGUGAUGAUGAGUUUGAGAGUUUCCAGGAAGAAAGUUAUUUAAAAGAAGUGAAAAUGUACGAGUUAGAUGAAUAUGAAAAGAAGAAAGAUGAACAGAAAAGAAAAAUUGAUCAAGAAAAGAAGGAACGAAUUGAAAAAGAAAGGUUGGAGAGGGAAAAACAAAAGGAGGUUGAAAGACAAUUGAAAGAUAGAGAAGAUAAUGAAAGGAAACAGAAGGAAGAAAAAGAAAGGAAGGAAAAGGAGGAAAAAGACAGGAAAGAGAAAGAAAAGAAGGAAAAUGAGGAAAAAGAAAGGAAAGAAAAAGAAAAGAAGGAAAGAGAGGAAGAAGAAAGGAAAGAAAAAGAAAAGAAGGAAAAAGAGGAAAAAGAAAGGAAAGAGAAAGAAAAGGAGAGAGAGGAAAAAGAAAGAAAAGAUAAGCUAGAGAAAGAAAGGAAGGAAAAAGAAAAGAAGGAAAAAGAGGAAAAAGAAAAAAAGGAAAAAGAGGAGAAAGAUAGAAAGGAAAAAGAAAGAAAGGUGCAUGAGGAAAAAGAAGAGAAGGCGAGACAGGAGAAAGAGAAGAAGGAAAAAGAGGAGUUACAGAAAAAGAAGGAAGCCGAGGAGAAACAAAUAAAUGACAAGAAAAUUAGAAAGGAAAAGGAAAAUCAGAAAUCAAAGAAUGAGGAAAAUGAAAGGAAGGAAAAAGAGGAGAGAGAGAGACAGAAAAAUCAGGAAGAAAUUAGGAGAGAAGGAGAGAAAAAGGACAAAAAUGAAAAAGAAAGUAAGAAAAAGGAGGAAAAACAAAAAGAGGGGGAAAACAAGAAUAAGAAUGAGAAAGACAAAGAAAGUAAGAAAAAGGAUGAAAAACUAAAAGAGUGUGAAAAGAAGGAUAAGAAUGAGAAAGACAAAGACAGUAAGAAAAAGGAGGAAAAACAGAAAGAAGAUAUGAAAAGGAAGACAGAUGAACAUAAGAAAACUGAUAAAGAUAAAAUACUUAAGAACUCGUAUAGAGAAAUCGAAAUAAAAGAGGAUGAAGAGAUGAUAGACAUAGAGAAAGUCCAGGAAAUGAAAGAAAAUAGAAGAAACAGAAAGAGAAAACUAGUAUGUGAAAAGAUUGACAAAGAAUUUCUAGAAAAUGAUGGAUAUGAAUAUGAAAUUAUAACAAUUAUCAAGAAAUAUAAAAUAGAAAACAGAUGUUAAAGGAAAACUGAUGUGAUAACUAAUACAGAAAACAGAUUGUUGGAGAUCAAGAUGACUAAAGGAUUAACAUAACAUUAACAUUUACUAAUAGGAUAUCUUAAACAUUUACUAUUUUAAUAUUGGUACAAGUACAUUGUGUAUUUAUACACUUCACAAUUAUUACACUUCGCAAUUAUGGACACUUUAAUUAGUGCAAAUAUUGCAGGAAAAUACAUUGACACUUAAGUAGUGCAAGAAAAAAAGAAAAACAUUAUUAUUAUAUGAAUUACUGUUUUGUUAUAGUUACAAAAGACUGUUUCAUUUAAGUAAAUAUAUUGCUAUUAAGAUUGACACUGUUUAAAUAUUCUUAAAUGAAAAGUAGAUUUUAUAUUUUAUGUAAAAUAUGUUAAAAAGUAAAAUUUCUUACCUGUAA